AUGAGUGUACCGUUUGAGGCUCAAGCUGCCAUUCUUCAGCAAUCCGCACCGGUCCCGCAAGAUGCUAUUCCAGUGGAAGGACCCAACUUUGACAACUCGAUCGGCCUUCAGCAACUGCUUAGCAGCUAUCAAAGGAUUGGGUUCCAGGCCACCAGUUUGGGGAGGGCAGUAGAGAUUGUGGAGAAGAUGCGAAAGUGGCGUCUCUCUGAUGAAGUGCCCACGGAAUCAGAGCCGGAUAUAUAUAAAGACCCCAAAAUCCGCGCAGGCACCAAAUGCAAGGUUUUCCUUGGUUACACAUCUAAUCUUAUUUCUUCUGGACUUCGAGAGGUUAUUCUCCAUCUAGUCAAACACAACCAUGUUUCUGCUAUCGUGACUACUGCAGGAGGGAUCGAGGAAGACUUCAUAAAGUGUCUUGGCGACACAUACCUUGGUGACUUCAACUUGGAUGGUGCUGAACUACGCAAGAAGGGAAUGAAUCGUAUCGGCAACCUUGUCAUUCCGAAUGACAAUUACUGCAAGUUUGAAGAUUGGGUAACGCCCGUUCUGAAUGCGAUGCUUGCUGAGCAGAAAGAAGCUGGAGUUGUAUGGUCGCCCAGUUCGGUGAUCCGGCGUCUAGGACAGGAAAUCAACGACGAACGCUCAGUGUACUACUGGGCCUAUAAGAAUGACAUUCCAGUUUUCUGCCCUGCGCUCACCGACGGAUCGCUUGGCGACAUGAUUUAUUUCCACUCGUUCCGAUCACCCGGCUUGGUCAUCGACAUCGUUCAAGACAUACGGAAGCUGAAUGAUCUUUCUUUGAAUGCUCGCAAAGCUGGGAUGAUUAUCCUUGGUGGGGGUGUUUGCAAACAUCAAAUUGCGAACGCUAUGCUUGUGCGAAAUGGUGCCGAUUAUUCAGUUUAUAUCAAUACAGGACAAGAGUUCGAUGGAUCCGACUCUGGUGCUCGUCCCGAUGAGGCUGUUUCUUGGGGCAAGAUACGAGCAGGGUCGGAAUCGGUCAAGAUCUUCGCUGAUGCCACAUUGGUAUUUCCAUUACUGGUAGCGGCUACGUAUGGAAAAGCACAUUGGGAGCAGAAAAGUUUCUCAGGCUAG